GUCGGUGACCAGCUCAGGUUACCCGGGUGGCCUUCACUGUUGUUCCCUCUGACAACAGGGUAACAGGAGGGGAGCGGGAGGUCACCAGCCCAUGACCCCUGGACCACAUCUCAGCAUCAGCCUUGCUCCUGCUCCUUCUAUGAGCAUUGGCUAGAGCUGUUUUCAUGCUAGUUGGGUAGUUAUGACAGAGACUGGGUGGCCCGCACAGCCUAAAUUAUUUACCAUGUGUUCCUGGGCAGGAAAGUUUGCCGGCCCUAGAGUAGACAGUUGGCCCACUUCCACACACACUGUGUUUCUGACAGUCCUCAGAAUUGACUUGUAUGAUGUCCGGGGUUUUCCAGAGCUGAAUGAUGGUUUUCAGGUCCCUGUUUCCGCCUGGCCUGCCUCUGGGGUGAACUUUGAUAUGUCCAAGACCUGGCUUUUCCUCCUGCAAGGGUGCUCUGACCCACAGACUCGUGACUUCUGGCCAGGGCUCUUGUGAGGUGGAGGAGGCCUGCCCGUCUCCCGGGUUGGCACUUUCACUUUCCAUUUCUAUUCUUCUUUAUAAAAAUAAUGAGAUGCAAUAAAAUCAGACACGGCACAGAGGCUGCAGCGAGACAGAGGUGAUGGCCUGGAAACCUUCACCCUCGUGUUGCCGCACGGCUCCUUAAGCAUCUCCGUCUGGGUGCCAGCCACAGUUCAGCAUAACCUGCAGAGGUGUGGAUACAGAGAAUGUUAUGAUCACGCCCACUGCUGUUCCCAGAGAGACCUGCCGUUCACUUCUUUAUCCACCAAGCGGUAGUCAGGCGACUGCCAUGUACCACUGGGGUCACCCAUGAGCGUGCAGGGCAGGGAGGCAAGAGCAGCGCCUGGGACCGGCCACCCUGCAUGAGGAGCGGGGCAUGGACAGUCACUUUGCUCCGUCUUGCCAGGAGACUUCUGGGGCAAAGGUUGUUCAACAGACUGAUGAAGAUGACCUUCUACGGGCAGUUUGUGGCUGGUGAGGACCAGGAGUCCAUCCGGCCCCUGAUCCAGCACAACAGGGCCUUCGGCGUGGGCUCUAUCCUGGACUACGGUGUGGAGGAGGACCUGACCCCCGAGGAGGCCGAACGCAAGGAGAUGGAGUCCUGUACCUCAGCAUCAGAGAGGGACGGCCAUGGCACCAGUAAGAGGGAGAAGCAGUUCCAGGCCCACCGGGCAUUCGGAGACCGCAGGGAUGGCGUCGUCAGCGCCCGCACCUACUUCUACGCCAGCGAGGCCAAGUGUGACAGCCACAUGGAGACAUUCCUGCGCUGCAUCGAGGCUUCAGGUGGCGCCAGCGAGGAUGGCUUCUCAGCCAUUAAGCUCACCGCACUGGGGAGACCCCAGUUUCUGCUGCAGUUCACAGAUGUGCUGACCAAGUGGAGACGGUUCUUCCACCAAAUGGCCGCAGAGCAGGGCAAGGCCGGGCUGGCUGCCAUGGACACGAAGCUGGAGGUGGCUGCACUGCAGGAAAGCGUGGUGAAGAUGGGCAUCGCGUCCCGGAUGAUUGAGAACUGGUUCACUGUGGAGACCCUUGGCGUGUCUGGCACCCUGGACCUGCUGGACUGGGGCAGCCUCAUUGACAGCAGGACCGAGCUCUCCAAGCACCUGGUGGUCCCCAACAUGCAGACAGGACAGCUGGAGCCUCUGCUGUCACGGUUCACUGAGGAGGAGGAACGGCAGAUGACGAGGAUGCUGCAGAGGAUGGACGUCCUGGCCAAGAAAGCCAGUGAGGUGGGCGUGCGGCUGAUGGUGGACGCCGAGCAGACCUACUUCCAGCCGGCCAUCAGCCGCCUGACGCUGGAGAUGCAGCGCAGGUUCAACGUGGAGAGGCCACUCAUCUUCAACACGUACCAGUGCUACCUCAAGGACGCCUACGACAAUGUCACCCUGGAUGUGGAGCUGGCUCGCCGAGAGGGCUGGUGCUUCGGGGCCAAGCUGGUGCGUGGCGCAUACAUGGCCCAGGAACGUGCCCGCGCCCUGGAGAUUGGGUAUGAGGACCCUAUCAACCCCACGUACGAGGCCACCAACGCCAUGUACCACAGGUGCCUCAACUAUGUCCUAGAGGAGCUGAAGCACAACGCCAGGGCUGCAGUGAUGGUGGCCUCGCACAAUGAAGACACCGUGCGCUUCACGCUGUGCAGGAUGGAGGAGCUGGGCCUGCACCCUGCCGAUUGCCAGGUGUACUUUGGACAGCUUCUGGGCAUGUGUGACCAAAUAAGCUUCCCACUAGGCCAGGCAGGCUUCCCCGUGUACAAGUACGUGCCUUACGGCCCUGUGAUGGAGGUGCUGCCCUACCUGUCCCGCCGAGCCCUGGAGAACAGCGGAGUCAUGAAGGGCGCCCAGAGGGAGUGGCAGCUGCUGUGGCAGGAGCUCAAGCGGAGGCUCCGCACGGGCAGCCUCUUCCACCGCCCGGCCUAGUGCUGUGGCUGCCUCCCAACGCAUCCUCACCUGGGCUGCGACCACCCAGGGCUACAGCCCGACCCCAACCUCACACACACCUUUUACAUCCCAAACUG